UGGUGUUAGAUUUUAGGCUUCUACGUAUUCACAUUACAUUUCUAUUCUGUCAUCAUGCAUAUGAUUGCGUAAUCCCUUAGCGGUCAUGGCGUCGCUUAUAGUAAUGCUGUUUGCACUGGCAUGGCUGGGAUCAGGUUAUUUUUUUGUUUCGGGUUUUCGUUGCCCUGGCCAUGAUUGGUAUUACCGAAAGGGCACCGAUAAGUGCUAUUAUGUUAUGGGAAAAUCCAACAACAACGAUCCGGAUGGUUUUCAUGGAGGAUUAUCUGGCAGCAACACUUUUAACUAUUCCAUUGAAGCCUGCAGAGCUUUAGGAGGAAAAAUACUAGUUUUGGAAGAUUCUGAAGAGCUGAGUUGGCUCACUGCCAAAAUUUCAGGAUCAUAUAGUGAGUUUUGGAUUGGGUUGACCUAUGAGAAUAAUCAAUGGGAGUGGACCGACGGCGACACUUUCAAACCAUAUACUGCAAUUCCAGGCUUAAACGUUCAACCUCCAACAAACAGGCCGGAAUUACAACGUGGAAUUUUAAAUUACAUUGCCAACAGAACAUUCCAGGGAUUUAUCUUCAAAGCUGAUAGCAGGCAAGAAUCUAAUGGAUUCGUUUGCAAAGGAGACUGGAGCGGCCGUCCAUGGUGCAAAACGGAAGAAGGCUACGUUUAUCAUGAUGGUCGCUGUUUCCGCCCAGUGUACGAGCCUUCAGGAUUCGUCGAAGCAGAAGCACAGUGUCUCGCCGACGGAGGAUAUCUUCCCGUUCCACGAACAGCAGCAAUAAACAGUCGAUUGGCGUACUGGUUUCGUGCCUACUUCAAAGUCAAGCAAACGUGGCUGGGAAUUAAGAUCUGGAAUAAAACCGACUUAGUGACAGCCGAUAAUCUUCAUUGGAUGGAUGGCACUCCAAUGAAAAACACAUCAGCAGAUCUUUGGCGAAGUCACCCUGACUCCUACGUUAGGGAUAUACCAAACGGGGAGAAUUACUGCGGUGAAUACACCACACAGGCUGGCUAUUACGGUGGACCAUUUGGCUUUAUCUGGAUCGAAGCAAUAGCGGAAUGGGCCUUUACCACUGACUGCACCUCGCCUAGACCAUACGUGUGCGAAUCACCUUUAAAUAAAUGCCCCUGUGGAUGGCAUCAAUCCGGAGCCAUGUGUUAUCAAAUCAAUUUAGGAGACGAGAGCCUGAAAAACUGGACGAAUGCUCAAGCCACCUGUCGGCAGAAAGGAGGCGAGUUAGUGGCCAUUCAAGAUGCAUCGAAAAACAUUUACAUCGCGGACUUGAUCUGGAAGUACGGCAUCCACGACUGGGAAGACGGAACACAGCACGAAUACUACUGGAUUGGCUUGAAAGGCAGCAAUAACGGCUACAUUUGGCCAGAUGGAUCGGCUACGAAUUACACGGAUUGGUAUAGUCAGGUCCAACCGGCGAAUGACCCAAACAUGUGUGCUUACAUUGCCUUUGAUCGGAGCACCAAUGCAACGGGAAGUUGGCAAGUCACGCAGUGUACGCAACCGCAAGGCUUCAUUUGCGAAGCGCAUUAUACGGCAGAUAUCCAGCCAGAAGAAGUCGUCAUCAGUGCACACACCUGCGAGGCACCAUUUGUCUUCUUCCAUGAAGGAUGCUUCCUAGCCGUGGCAGAUGAGAAAACAUACGACGAAGCCAGCCAGGACUGCAUCAGCAAACAAUCCCGAUUGGCCAUUAUUCGCAACCGUGGAGAAAACGCUUUUCUUUCCGGCACCGUAACCAAAGACUCGUGGAUUGGUAUGCGAGUCAGCGGGCCUGACACAACCGGAUUCGCUUCCGGAUUCCAGUAUUCGUACAGCAACGGUGAUAUUGCUGGCGCUGGAUUUUACCAAGACUUCGCGGAUAUUUUCGAUAUAACAGUGGAAGGCAGUUCCGACCAAAUUUGCGUAGCUAUAGCGGGCCCCGGAAGCUCAUUCCAAUAUGGACCACAUUACCUCAUCCCGGAUCGAGGGGAGUGGUAUCAUACCAACUGCAACCUGACGCGGGGCUAUGUGUGUUGGCAUGAAGGAACCCCUAUCGAGGCCCCUGUAACGGAGGACCCAUCCGAUCCUUAUUGUGGAGCGGGAUGGUUUCGCCAUGGACCGCACUGUUACCAGGUGAUGCCCGAGGCGUCCACAUGGCGCUCAGCCAAAGCCACGUGUCGAAAAAUGAGCAACAACGCCGAUCUCGUAUGGUUUACUACCCAAGAAGAAGAAUCGUUUGUCAGAACACAUCUUCAACGACACUAUUCACAUAUACCACACAGUGUGUGGAUCAAUCUGUACACCGAACAAGCCAAUGCGUGGCACAUACCAUACCGAGAUUAUGGUAACGGUAACGAAGACUUUCUCCCGUUUGCGGUGAGCAAUUGGGCGGAAGGCCAACCAACUCCGGACACGGAAGUAGACGGCCCUUACUACACCCAGUGUGCACGAAUUACAUCAAUCUCUUCCGGUACGUGGGUUUCCUCCCACUGCAUACAAUGGCACGCAUCAAUCUGCAAGAAGACCAUCGAAGACCUGGUGACACCGGCGCCAACAACGGCUCUGCCCUCUCUUGCCCCAGACCAACAACUGGGAUGCCCUCCGCACUGGCACGCCGUUACCGGCCGAUGUGUUUGGGUCAGCGUUAUUCCGGCCGAUUGGGCCACUGCCAGUCAAGCAUGCCGAAACGAAGGAGGAUACUUGACUGAUUUCAGAGACGAAAGCGAAUUCAUGUAUUUCAAAGAAUUUUUCAUCGGCAGCUGGAUCGGCCUAAACAGUAUUACCGCCCCGAGUAAUCCCCGAGCGUUCACGUGGUCUAGUGGUGCAGUCGUCACCUACCUUCACUGGGAUAUUCAGUCGCCUAACAGUCAUGGUGUUGGAGCGUGGGCCAACGACACCAACUGCGCCGCGAUCAGCCCAGGAGGCGUUACGGUAUAUCCAUGCCAUGAAAGAAAACCUUACGUCUGCGAAAAAGAAAUGAUCCCCGUAACCGGUAGUGCAACGGUGGAGAUCCCCCACUCACGGGGCUGUCUACGCUGGGGUGUCGGCUUCCACGAGUCCUGCUACUAUUUCGGACAGGAUCCCAGUACCUCCCAGAUCGGCACCAAACCGCUAAUGGAUUUCGACAGCGCGCGGGCGUUCUGCCGUCAACACUUUGGUGCAACGGCUGACCUGGUCAUCCUGAACGAUGGUGCGGAAGAGAGGGAGUUUAUCAACGCCCAUAUCGCUCGCACCGGGGAGGAGUACUGGAUUGGACUGAGAGAAGACCGUGAACCGCGGAACGCGUUUAGAAAAUGGGUGGACGGGUCCAGUGUUGGCUCGACGAACUGGGCGUUCGGCCAGCCGGCCUUGACGAACGACGGGUUCAAGGGAUGUGUGGCCAUGCACGGUUCCAUGGCCGAGCACGGAACGAUUAUGCCGGGCGAUUGGUAUGUAACGGCUUGUACCGAGCGGAAGGUGGCUCUUUGCAAAGCUGACAGCACUUUCCAUCCGUCUCACCCAACGACCAACCCUUCUACGCCGUCGCCCAACGGGUGUCCUCAGGGAUGGAGCACGAAACCGGAAAUUGGAACGUGCUUUAAGAGUUACCGUGGAGACCAAGGAAAUAACGGGAUACACAAAUUACCUUGGCACGAAGCCGAAAACUUCUGCAGACAGUUCAAAGGGGGUCAUCUGGCGUCGAUAAACAGUGAGGCCGAGCAAAGCACAGUGUACGCGCUGGUUAACGGUGACAUGAACUGGAUUGGACUACGACAAAAUCCCAACGCUCAGAACCGUUGGGAGUGGUCCGAUGGGAAAGGUCUAACGACGGCUAACUGGCAUGCGGAAAUCAGCCACACCAACCCCUUCACGUCCAACUGCGUGGGAUUCCGUUCCAGUGGACAAUGGGUCCCACAAAGCUGUGAUCUGGGCAACGGAUGGCUCUGUGAAGUACCCAAGGAUGUCUACUAUCCGGGUCAGAUAGUGGAAGAGUUUCCAACCGGCAUUCCUAUCAACCAUACUUGUGGUACAUCGUCUAGUGAAGGAGCCUGGUACUUCGAUUCGCAGUCGGAGGAAUGUGUCUUUAUUUCUUUGAGAACCGAUAGCUGGGACAACGCACAAGCUACUUGCGAAAGCAUUAACACUAACUUGAUAACGGUGACCAGUACAAAUUAUCCGUUCCUGCUGCUGAAAAUUGCCCAAACCAUCACUUCCAAUACAUUCAGCAACGGGCAAGACUAUUGGAUUGGCUUGAGAAUGACGGAUUUCGCGAAUAAGGAGUAUGGAUGGGUCGAUGGAUAUACGUCCUUCUUCCGACCGUGGGAUGCCAAUGAGCCUAACGGCCGCGGCACGGAACGAUGCGUAUGCCAGAACUCCGUCAGUGGCAAAUGGCGCGAUCACAACUGUGCUCGAAAUCUCUAUUUCAUCUGUGCCAAGACGAAUCGGAUAAGGCCUGUUACAACGCCAAGUCCCGUUGGUGGAAAUUGUCGCACUGGUUGGACAGAGAAUGGAGACAAUUGCUACUACCUCUCCAAGAACGAGAAUAAAACCUGGCAAGAAGCUCAUCAAGCCUGCGUACAACUGGUCCCGGGAUCCAGUGAUCUGGCUUCGAUACACAGUUCUAUUGAGAACGAUUUCAUCGUGACAAAGAUGAAAGGUCAACACGACAGGGGUUACUGGAUUGGUUUGCAUGAGGUGCCGGUCGAUACAUACUCGUUUUCCUUCGUGUGGUCCGAUCAAAGCCCGAUACGUUACAAUAACUGGCAUUUCUCCGAGCCCUUGUAUGAAUACAGCACGUCCCGGGACAGAGCCAUUGAAAUUCGCGGUGAUCAUAACCGUGCCGGAAAGUGGCAGGUACUCAAGGCAGAUCAAACGCGGGAUUACAUCUGUAAAGCAAAAAAAGAUCCCAGUGCACCAGCGCAACCCGUAACGAAUAACUGUCGAUCCGGUUAUUCCCAACUGGGAGAGAACGGCACGUGCUUCUCAGUGAUACCAUUGCCAGCUGGACGGGACAACUGGCAAAACGCCAAGGACGCUUGCGCCACCGUUGAUGGCUAUGGCAAGCUGGCGACGGCAAUCGAUGUAUACGACAACGCCCAAUUCCGUGUGCUGCUGCACCAGGCCUAUCGCACCAACAACCACAGCGGUCACGCUUGGAUCGGCAUGCAGUGUCACGUGCACAACUUCGCCUGGUACAAUGGGUGUCCAGUGGUAUACUCCAACUUUCUGACGAUGCUGCCGCCUGGGAAUAAUUCGGACCACUGUGUGGCCAUGAACCACGACGGCAAAUGGAUCGUUCAGAACUGUACGGAUAGCGCUCACUAUGCUGUUUGUGAGCACCGAACAGAACCAUGUCCGGCGGCUUUCAACAUUACCGACUCCAACAUGUACUGCCCGGUCGAUUUUCCAACGGAAUGCAGCACCAUGUGCUACCGUGUUCAGACUAGAUCCCAUCAAAACAACCAGUCCGUCCACCUGGAUACCUUUGAAAGAGCCAAGCAACAGUGCGAAAGGAUGGGUGGACGGCUGGCAUCAAUCCGCAAUGAAGAAGAACAGAAAUGUCUAGAGAAAUAUAUUCAUCACUCCACGGAAGGCAUGUGGAUUGGUUUGUACGAAGCGUUAGAUCCAUCCGGACAAUAUGUCUGGAAAUGGGAAGACGAAGGAGCCGGAUUCGGAUUUUCAUCGUACACUAACUGGGAGAGCGGCAAACCCACGAACAACAGUGGCCUAAUCUACACAGCCAAACGCUGUGCGGAAAUGUUUCCCAAUGGGACUUGGAGCAAUUUGGCCUGUGAUAGUUAUGAUUCCCGUGGCAUGAUCUGCGAAAUCCACAAAGUGCGUUCGGAGAUGGGCCGCUUAACCACCAGUCGACCAUUCGGCGUGACUGAACCACCCACCAUACCCGGGAUAUCCGGCGGUUCAGUGGCCGGUAUUGUCAUCGGUGUGUUGCUGGGUGUGGCUGUGGUAGGAGGUGUAGCGUAUGUGGUCAUAACCGGCAAGACGGGAGCGAUGGUUGGAUCCGUUCGGCACGCCGGAAAUCGUUUUAAGUCGACCGUUGCGGAGAAAUGGUCCGGAAACAGCCGGUACGACAAUGACCAGAAUCCGGUCGUGAACAAGGACGGCUAUAUCGGUGGUGGCGUGUAUACUUGAUCGCGUGGCACUCUCUGAUUCUCUUGAUGCCUUUGAUGCAAAUCUUUGUAAUUAUCAGAAGUCUAUUUUUACCUGAGCAAUUAACUAGUCAAAGUUCUGAUAAGAGGCAAGUCGACCAUGAAAAAUUGUAGGUGAACGGUCUUGACCAUGUAAAAGCCGAAAAUAAAGUAGA